UAUAGCAUCUUUCCUAUCCUCUAUUAUAUCCAUUUUACUUAUAGUAUUUCUAUCAUAUCCAUGUUUACUAUCUUUUAUUAUAUCCAUUUUACUUAUAGUAUUUCUAUCAUAUCCAUGUUUACUAUCUUUUAUUAUAUCCAUUUUACUUAUAGUAUUUCUAUUAUAUCCAUGUUUACUAUCUUUUAUUAUAUCCAUUUUACUCGUAAUUAUAUCCUGUAACAUUUUUUUAAUAAAAGAUUGAUUCAAACCGCUUGUACGCGUCAUUCUUUUUGACGGUUGCGACGGCACCAUGUCGGAGCUCAUGAAAGAGGCUUAUUACACCCCCUCCAACCCUGGCUCUUUAGGCGGUAAAAAACGAUUAAAAGACGCCGUCUUGAAAGACACCGGGGUCCGUCUAAGCGAUAAACAGGUCUCAGAAUGGCUGGCUGGUGAGGACGCUUACACAUUACACAAACCAGCGCCUAUAAAAUACAAACGAAACAGAGUGGUCGUGUACGGGGUCGAUACUCAGUUCCAGGCCGAUCUCGUCGACAUGAUCGCCUACGCUAAGGAUAACGACGGUCAUAAAUAUCUGCUGACGUGCAUAGACGUAUUUAGCAAGUACGCCUGGGUUCGUGUGUUGAAGAAUAAGAGCGGUCUCGAGGUCGCUAGAGCGUUCGAGUCUAUCCUCGAAGAGGGCCGCGUGCCUCAGAAAUUGCAGACGGAUCAGGGAAAGGAAUUUUUUAACAAACAAUUUCAAGAUGUGAUGAAAAAGCACGACAUUAAUCAUUUCGCUACCGCUACCGAUUUGAAAGCCAGCGUCGUGGAACGAUUUAACAGAACCUUAAAAAGUCGUAUGUGGCGAUUUUUAACGGCUACAAAUUCCCGUCGAUACAUAGAUGUUUUACAAGACAUCGUGCAGGGGUACAAUACCAGUUAUCAUCGAAGUAUCAGAAUGAGACCCGUGGACGUCGGUAAAGUAAAUGAGGAUCAAGUGUUUCAAAACUUGUACGGCGAUAUAAAGAAGACCGAGAGAUCCGUAUUUAAUUUCAAAGUCGGCGACGUCGUCAGGAUUUCUAAAGUGAGAGGUCCGUUCGCGAAAGGUUAUGAGCAGAACUACACGGAGGAAUUUUUCACCGUAUCCUCGCGUAUUCCGCGUCAACCCCCGGUCUACAGACUCACCGAUUAUGACGCGAUGUCAUCGAGGGGACCCGGAGAGACCGCCGACUACGUCAGCUACUACCGAAAUCAGGCCGGCGGGGAUUUGCCGGGCUAUGCCGGGGGAGGGGUUAUGUACGGAGCGGGGUUAGGGGGUCUUUUCAGAGGCCUGUUCAGGAUGGCUGUACCUCUGUUAAAAAGAGGAUUUAGCAUCGCGAAACCCCAUCUAAAAUCGGCCGCUAAAAAUAUAGUAUCCGACGUCGUCUCAAACGUAUUGACGCGGUCUCAUAACGAUAAAGCUCAAGACGGAUCCGGUCUGAUGGUCAUGGCCCGUAAGAGGAUGUCUAAACCACCCGGUGUGAGGAGGCGUGGUCAGUGGGGAAAGAAGAAAACAACACUCGGACCGAAGAAACGCUCAGUCGUACGCAGAAAGCGUAAGGCGGGUGUUAGACGAAAGGCGUCGAUCAAGAGAGUCGUAAAAACCAUCUUCUAA